AUGAAAAUGCUUUGGAAACUGACGGAUAAUAUCAAGUAUGAGGAAUGUGAGGAGCGCCACGACAGUACCAGCAACGGGACAGCGCGGUUACCCCAGCUGGGGACCGUGGGUCAGUCUCCCUACACCAGCGCCCCGCCGCUCUCGCACACCCCCAACGCCGACUUCCAGCCGCCCUACUUCCCCCCCCCUUACCAGCCCAUCUACCCCCAGUCUCAGGACCCCUACUCCCACGUGAACGACCCGUACAGCCUCAACCCCCUGCACGCCCAGCCGCAGCCCCAGCACCCGGGAUGGCCGGGACAGAGGCAGAGCCAGGAGACGGGGCUGCUCCACACGCACCGCGGCUUGCCCCACCAGCUCUCGGGGCUCGACCCGCGCAGGGACUACCGGCGGCACGACGACCUGCUGCACGCCCCGCACGGGCUGGGCUCGGGGCUGGCCGACCUGCCCCUGCACUCCAUCCCCCACGCCAUCGAGGACGUGCCGCACGUAGAAGACCCCGGUAUUAACAUCCCAGAUCAAACUGUAAUUAAGAAAGGCCCCGUGUCCCUCUCCAAGUCUAACAACAACGCCGUCUCCUCCAUCCCCAUCAACAAGGACGCGCUCUUCGGCGGGGUGGUGAACCCCAACGAGGUCUUCUGCUCGGUGCCGGGCCGCCUCUCGCUGCUCAGCUCCACCUCCAAGUACAAGGUCACGGUGGCGGAAGUGCAGAGACGCCUGUCGCCGCCCGAGUGCCUCAACGCCUCCCUGCUGGGCGGAGUGCUCCGGAGGGCAAAGUCUAAAAACGGAGGGAGAUCUCUGAGGGAGAAACUGGACAAAAUAGGACUAAACCUGCCAGCCGGGAGGCGUAAAGCUGCUAACGUUACCUUGCUCACCUCGCUCGUGGAGGGAGAAGCAGUACAUCUAGCUAGAGAUUUUGGGUACGUUUGUGAGACAGAAUUUCCUGCCAAAGCAGUAGCUGAAUUUCUCAACCGACAACAUUCCGAUCCAAACGAGCAAGUCACAAGAAAAAACAUGCUUCUAGCUACAAAACAGAUCUGUAAAGAGUUCACCGACCUGCUGGCUCAGGACCGAUCUCCCCUGGGGAACUCGCGGCCCAACCCCAUUUUGGAGCCGGGCAUCCAGAGCUGCCUGACCCACUUCAACCUCAUCUCGCACGGCUUUGGGAGCCCGGCGGUGUGCGCUGCCGUCACCGCCCUGCAGAACUAUCUCACCGAGGCGCUCAAGGCCAUGGACAAAAUGUACCUCAGCAACAACCCCAACAGCCACACAGACAACAGCACCAAAAGCGGCGACAAAGAGGAGAAGCACCGAAAGUGA